AUGGAGAACGAGCGAAGAAGUUCCCCUAUCAAGAACUUUGUGGCCGGGGGAGUCGGUGGAGCGUGUCUGCUGCUGGCCGGACACCCACUGGACACCAUCAAGGUGAGACUCCAGACUCAACCCAAAGCCUCCUCGCUCUCUAGGUAUGCCAUCUACACAGGAACCUUUGACUGUUUUCGCAAGACCAUCUCCAAAGAGGGCAUCCUCGGCCUGUACAAAGGGAUUGGCGCUCCACUGGUGGGUGUGGCUCCCAUGAUGGCCAUCAGUUUCUUUGGUUUUGGUUUGGGGAAGCAGCUCCAGCAGACAGACACCAGCCAGGAUCUAACGCACACACAGAUAUUCCUGUCAGGGUGUCUAGCAGGGAUCUUCACAACAGUGAUUGUGGCUCCAGGAGAAAGGAUUAAAUGCUUACUGCAGGUGCAGGUUAGUGGUCGCACACCCAAAUAUUCAGGUCCACUAGACUGUGCCAAACGUCUCUACAAGGAACAAGGCAUACGCAGUGUAUACAAAGGGACGUUGCUGACGCUCAUCAGAGAUGUGCCUUCAAAUGGUCUCUACUUUCUGACAUAUGAGUACCUGAAAAACCGCCUGACUCCAGAAGGGCAAAGCGUUACCCAGCUUGGCUCCGCCUACAUUCUGCUCGCUGGCGGGGUGGCUGGAAUUUUGAACUGGACAAUCGCACUCCCCCCAGACGUCCUCAAGUCCAACUUUCAAACAGCUGCAGAUGACAAGUACAGAGGUCUAUUGGAUGUAUUGAGGACUCUGCUUCGGGAAGAAGGGGCCAAAGCACUCUACAAAGGCUUCAAUGCUGUCUUUCUACGAGCCUUCCCUGCCAAUGCUGCAUGUUUCUUGGGCUUUGAAGUCGCCUUAAAGGGUUUGAACUGGCUAGCACCUGGCUGGUGA